AUGGCAGCAAGGUGCGCUGCGCGCACUUUUGCUGUGGGAUGGUGCUCACGGGGCCCGAGGAUGGCGCGGUCCGCUUCUAUCACCAAGCUGGGCGCCCCAAGGCGUCCCUCGCAGUCUCCGGAAGCCGCGGCCACGUGUCACGUGACCAUUUCCGUUUCAAAAGAUGUGGUCGCUUUAAUCCACUCCUCCAACCACUUGGAAGUGGUGCAGGUGGUACCCCAGGAACUUCCCGCUUCCAUGUCGCUGGACUCCGGCAUGCAGCUCAUUUGGGCGAGGCACAGCCAGCUGUACGGAACUCGAAGGGUGGCUCCAUGCGCGCAUCAGGACAUGGGUGUCCUGCCCGUGAUCCCGCGAACCCUGGCGCACAGUCCUCAAGGGCAUCUUUUUGCAGUCUGCGGGGAUGGCGAAUACUUGAUCUACACAGCUGAGGCAGCCCCUCAGCUGGAUGCACGUGGAGCCGCGCAGGAGAUCGCUUGGGGUCCUGAUGACGCCUAUGCGGUGUGGGCCGGCACCCUCUUCAUCCACAGCAGCCAAGGUAGAGCCACCGAGCUCCACCUUCCGUUCGAGGUUCACUCCAUCCACGGAGGCCGCUUGCUGGGGAUCAGUGGCAUCGUGGAGGGCAUCGAAACGCUUCGCUUUUACGGCUGGACGGCAUCAGCAGAGUCCUGCCCACUUUUGCAAGUCCACGGUUCAGUGCACAAUGUUUACUGGUCAGCAAGUGGGCAAUAUGCGGUUUUGGCUUAUCAGGGACAUUUUGUUCGAUUUCAAUGCACUGCGUCACAUAGUGAUGAUGCAGACAUUGAGUUCAUCCCGUUGCACAAGGUGGAGACGAAGGUGUGGUCCGCGACCUUCGCGGAUGAAAUGUUUGUCUAUGUCUCACUACAGGGAGAAGCUCUCAAUAUUCCGUACUUGCUUGGAUACCUGCCAGAAAAAUCGGCUCUUUGCAUCAUGGUGGACGGUUCUGUGAUCAUCCAACCGUUUGAGGACUGGAAGGUGUUUCCGCGACUUCUGGGUGUGUACGAUGCGACGAAUGCUGAACGCAAGAAACACGCCGUAGGCGUUUGA